AAAGAAGCAUCCUCGACAAACCACUACUCUGCUCAGAACUUAUUUCCCCGCGAUGUCGUACGCGGUCGAGACCAAGAAACGGAAAUUCCAUCGCGUUCUCGAGUCCAUAUCCAAACCACUAUCCGCCGACGCUGCUACGAAAGCCACCAACUCAGUCGCCGCGAAGGAGCGCGAUCGUCCAGCGCCGGAAUUAUCCAUUAAAAAGGUCCGUUUGAGCAGUGGACAUGAAUUCAAUCCGUUGUCUUUUUACGAUUCUAGUCUGAAGACCAUACGGCCCUCCGGGAGAACGGUCUCCCCGUCGUCAACGACAUCCCGUCCGAGCUUUGUUCCCUGGGAUCGAGAACGUUUUUUGGAACGCCUGGAGACCUUUCGUCGAGUGGACAGAUGGUCUCCGAAGCCGCCCGCGAUCAAUGAGGUUCAAUGGGCAAAACGCGGGUGGAUCUGCACGGAUCUGAUGCGAGUGACGUGUGUAGGGGGAUGUGGCGGCUCCGUGGUUGUCAAAUUGCCGGACGAGAUCGAUGAACUGGAUGGGUACGACAGCGAUAAAGUGCAAGAGCGGAAGGAAGUCCGUGUCCAGCUUGUUAAGAAAUAUUCGGAUCUCCUGAGCGAAGGGCACGGGGAGAAUUGCCCCUGGCGGAGCAAAGGAUGCGACGCUACAAUACAUCGUUUACCGUUGACGAAUCCUGAGGUGGCGGUCAGUAGCCUUCAGAAACGCUAUACGGAUCUUGUCACAAUGGGAGACAAACUACCGACAGAGAAUGCUAUUCAGACCCCGGAAGGGUUCGAUAUAGAAGGGAUUAAUAAGAUGCUGCCCGCAGAAGGCUUUCAAGAAUCUGAAAAGCCCUCUCAGCAGAAGAAUAGACAGGAAGAGCCUCCACAAGAGACGCAUCAAACACAAGAACAUCCACCCGAAGAAUCUCCACCGAUAGAACGCCCAGAGUCCAGACCAGGGGAUACCCACUCCGUUGGUGGGAAAAACACAGAGCCUCCAACACAAUCGCCAACAGAACCAUUAAUUAACCGCUCGGCACUUACUCUCGCGCUAUUUGGUUGGGACACGGUAUCUGAUGGCACUGCAGGUUUAGUCGGAUGCGGUGCAUGUUUUCGUCGCCUGGGACUAUGGUUGUACAAACCAAAGGACAAUGGCGACGUGACCGUAUACAACUAUCUAGAUGUGAUAGCAGAACACAUGGAAUAUUGCCCCUGGGUCAGUGGACAGGCACAAAGUGGCACAGGGAAACCGACAGAGAAGCCGGAGAAUCUUCGCAACGGAUGGGAACUUUUGGCGCAGGCUAUCAGAGUGAAGCAUCGCCGCACAGUCAGGUCAACAGCUUCCAUGGAUACUCUCCGAGCAUGUGCGGAAACUGCAUCUAUCAAUGAACCGGCUGUAGACGAGGAAACCAAGAAAGCUUCUGACCGGGAGUGGUGGUCUAAGAUCCGUCGGAUGAAACUGAUGCUGAAUGUUAAGGGGCCGAAGGGACAUAAGUCUACGGGAUCGCGAUAAUGAUUUUAUUUCAUUUUAAUUGCAUGCGCUUUUUUUUUUUAAACCGUGUUGUUUAGUUGUGGUUAUCUCUUUCCAGCGUGGCGUCCAGGAUAUUGUCAGUCAUUGUUGGGAUUAUCAUUUAUUUCGUAUAUACUGUUUUGAUUCAUGAUUUCCCCUGAACUUCGGAGGCAGUACUAUCAACUUAUUUCAAGCGUGAUAAGGCUGAAUUACAUAUCUACUACGUGUGCUUGUAACAAUACUCGAG